CUACGGUAUGGGGUGUUGAUUGGUUUAGAAUUGGAGCAAAGUAAAUUGCCUUAGUGAAACUAAAACUAAAACCUCACAAGUCCCAUAGAUAAUGAAAGAGGUGAAGAAACUAUGGGAGGAAGUGAGGGAGCUAAGCCUUGGAAACAAUAGUGAAGUAGAACGCCUAAACUCUGCACCAACACCUCUGCAAUUCCUUAGAGAUCAUGUCUCUCAAAACAAACCCUUUAUUAUUAAAAAACCCAACCUCCAUUGGCCAGCUUUUUCUCUUUGGCCCCAACCCUCUUAUCUCUCCAAUAAACUCUCUUCAUCUCUCGUCUCUGUCCACCUUACACCUAAUGGCCGCGCCGAUUCAAUCGUCAACCACCUGGGUUCCUUAUGUUUCGCCUCUGCGCACGUGGAGCGCAUGCCAUUUGAUGAAGCUAUAAAACUUGUAUCGAAUUCGAAUUUGCAAGAUUCUAAACUUGUGGCUUACUUACAACAGCAGAACGACUGCUUCCGGUCUGAGUACUCUGUUUUGGGUUCAGAAUGUGAUGAACAUAUUCCUUGGGCUACUGAAGCUCUUGGAUGUUAUCCUGAGGCAGUGAAUCUUUGGAUUGGGAAUCAUUUGUCAGAGACUUCUUUUCAUAAAGAUCAUUAUGAGAAUCUCUAUGUGGUUGUUUCUGGUAAAAAGCAUUUUCUUUUACUUCCUCCUACUGACGUCCAUCGUAUGUACAUUCGUCAAUAUCCUGCUGCUAAUUACUCCUAUUCCCAGGAUGUGGGAGAGUUUACAGUGGAACUUGAGAGGCCGAUGAGAUUUGUACCUUGGUGUAGUGUGAACCCAUAUCCAUCUCCGGAGACUAGAGAAAGUGAAAUGGCUAAAUUUCCAUCGUUUUUUGACGGGCCUAAGCCAUUUGAGUGUACUGUCAAUGCAGGAGAGAUUCUUUACUUGCCAAGUAUGUGGUUUCAUCAUGUUAGGCAGAGUCCAGAUGACAACGGAUUCACUAUUGCAGUAAACUAUUGGUAUGAUAUGCAAUUUGAUAUCAAAUAUGCAUACUUCAAUUUCUUGCAAUCAAUUCAUUACAAAUCACCCCAUGGUCCAACAUUGCUAGAAAUUGAAUGUGGAGUCUCGGGAUCUGUUGCAUCUGCACCAAAUGAAGGGGAGGCUGAUAAAGUGACUGAAGAUGAAUGAGCACAGAUGUGAUGAGACAUUGUGUUUGUCUCUCCCUUUGUUUCCCUAUAUGUGUCUGUUAAAAUCAUUCCUGAUGAACUCUUCUAAAUUUCUAAAUCUAUAACGAAAUUGCUGUAUCUCAAAAAGCAAUUUGUUGGGUGGAUAAAUAUUUUCAUAUUUCAUCCAUUACACUUUAUUAAGCAUUGUCCCUUCAUAUUCUUUUGGGAUGUGAGUUUCCAAAAGAUAGGCUGGAUGUACUGGAUUUUUUAUCUUCAGCAUGCUCUUCUAUUAAUUUGAUGUGGGUAUGAAUGGUAAGAAAUUGAAUUGGAUGUUAUUCUUUCUCUUGAUAAA